AUGACAACAGAGGAGACCAUUAACAUCAAGGAGGUGGAGGUGAUCAAACUGAUGCUGGACUUCCUCAACUCCAGGAAGCUCCACAUCAGCAUGCUGGCCCUGGAGAAGGAGAGCGGCGUCAUCAAUGGCCUUUACUCUGAUGACAUGCUCUUCCUCAGGUACUACCAUUUGCUUUAGUCUGCUACAAACACAGUGUCAUUCUAAAGUCUGUAUGGGAGCAACCCUGGCUAGGCAUACCUCCCUCAGGGGGAGGAAUCUUCAGGAAAGAUCACCCCAUUAGGACUCUUUUAAAGCAGUGCUCUUCAAUCCCUGUGUGCAGGUUUUUCCCUCCAGCCCAGUUCUGAUACACCUGAAUCAGCUAAUCAAGAGGCUUGAUGACGACUGCAUUAAAUGGAGCUACCUUACGCUCUAAGACUCUGUAAACAAGUCCAUGUCUCAGACCAUCUGUUUUGUAGAUCCAGCUAUCCAAAAUCAAUGGAAGAUUUAAGAACCGUAUUAUCUCCCGGUCUUUUCCAUUCAUAGAGCUACACAACUGAUGGCAUGGGAUGUGGACUUAUCUCGAUAUUAGACAACUUUUACAUUCUGAAAACAUCAGACAGUUGUUGAUUUUGGAGUGAAAUGUCCCUUUAAGUACACCGAUAGUGUUGUCAUAUGUGAGGUCCCGAGCUACAUUCCUAGAUAUCCCCUUUUUUACAUUAUGCGUAUUUCAUGAUGCACUGCACCUUGUACAGUACUCAGUGACAUUCACCAGAGAGACUCAAUCAAAAGAUCCCCUUGGGACAUUAUUCAAUUUAGCGUCGGUAAGUGGCUGAUUACAUAAACGUUACACUAUCAUCGAUUUACAAGGUCGUUGUUAUGAUCCCUCUUUGUUUUCCAUCAGGCUUAUCAAAUUAGGAUGCUCUGUUUCAGUGCUACACACAAAUACUAUCAAAUUAGGAUGCUCUGUUUCAGUGCUACACACAAAUACUAUCAAAUUAGGAUGCUCUGUUUCAGUGCUACACACAAAUACUAUCAAAUUAGGAUGCUCUGUUUCAGUACUACACACAAAUACUAUCAAAUUAGGAUGCUCUGUUUCAGUACUACACACAAAUACUAUCAAAUUAGGAUGCUCUGUUUCAGUACUACACACAAAUACUAUCAAAUUAUAAUGCUCUGUUUCAGUACUACACACAAAUACUAUCAAAUUAGGAUGCUCUGUUUCAGUACUACACACAAAUACUAUCAAAUUAGGAUGCUCUGUUUCAGUGCUACACACAAAUACUAUCAAAUUAGAAUGCUCUGUUUCAGUACUACACACAAAUACUAUCAAAUUAGAAUGCUCUGUUUCAGUGCUACACACAAAUACUAUCAAAUUAGAAUGCUCUGUUUCAGUGCUACACACAAAUACUAUCAAAUUAGAAUGCUCUGUUUCAGUGCUACACACAAAUACUAUCAAAUUAGAAUGCUCUGUUUCAGUACUACACACAAAUACUAUCAAAUUAGAAUGCUCUGUUUCAGUGCUACACACAAAUACUAUCAAAUUAGAAUGCUCUGUUUCAGUACUACACACAAAUACUAUCAAAUUAGAAUGCUCUGUUUCAGUGCUACACACAAAUACUAUCAAAUUAGAAUGCUCUGUUUCAGUGCUACACACAAAUACUAUCAAAUUAGAAUGCUCUGUUUCAGUGCUACACACAAAUACUAUCAAAUUAGGAUGCUCUGUUUCAGUGCUACACACAAAUACUAUCAAAUUAGAAUGCUCUGUUUCAGUGCUACACACAAAUACUAUCAAAUUAGAAUGCUCUGUUUCAGUGCUACACACAAUACUAUCAAAUUAGAAUGCUCUGUUUCAGUGCUACACACAAAUACUAUCAAAUUAGAAUGCUCUGUUUCAGUGCUACACACAAAUACUAUCAAAUUAGAAUGCUCUGUUCAGUGCUACCACAAAUACUAUCAAUUAGAAUGCUCUGUUUCAGUGCUACACACAAAUACUAACACAUUAGAAUGCUCUGUUUCAGUACUACACACAACUACUAUCAAAUUAGGAUGCUCUGUUUCAGUACUACACACAAAUACUAUCAAAUUAGAAUGCUCUGUUUCAGUACUACACACAAAUACUAUCAAAUUAGAAUGCUCUGUUUCAGUGCUACACACAAAUACUAUCAAAUUAGAAUGCUCUGUUUCAGUGCUACACACAAAUACUAUCAAAUUAGAAUGCUCUGUUUCAGUGCUACACACAAAUACUAACACAUUAGAAUGCUCUGUUUCAGUACUACACACAAAUACUAUCAAAUUAGGAUGCUCUGUUUCAGUACUACAUACCCAAAUACUAUCAAAUUAGGAUGCUCUGUUUUUCAGUACUUCACACAAUACUAUCAAAUUAGAAUGCUCUUUUUCAGUACUACACACACAAUACUAUCAGAUUAGAAUUCUCUGUUUCAGUACUACCCACAAAUACUAUCAAAUUAGAAAAUUGCUCUGUUUCAGUGCUAAAACACACAAAUACUUCAAAUUAGAAUGCUCUGUCAGUCUACACACAAAUACUAUCAAAUUAGAAUGCUCUGUUCAGUGCUUACCACAAAUAUUAUCAUCAAAUUAGAAUUCUUGUUUCAGUGCUAACCAAAUCCUAUCAAAUUAGUAUGCCUGUUUCAGUGCUACAACACAAUACUAUCAAAUUAGGAUGCUCUGUUCAGUGCUACACACAAAUACUAUCAAAUUAGGAUGCUCUGUUUCAGUGCUACACACAAAUACUAUCAAAUUAGAAUGCUCUGUUGCAGUACUACACACAAAUACUAUCAAAUUAGAAUGCUCUGUUGCAGUGCUACACACAACUACUAUCAAAUUAGAAUGCUCUGUUUCAGUACUACACACAAAUACUAACAAAUUAGAAUGCUCUGUUGCAGUACUACACACAAAUACUAACAAAUUAGAAUGCUCUGUUGCAGUACUACACACAAAUACUAACAAAUUAGAAUGCUCUGUUGCAGUACUAAACACAAAUACUAACAAAUUAGGAUGCUCUGUUGCAGUACUACACACAAAUACUAACAAAUUAGGAUGCUCUGUUGCAGUACUACACACAAAUACUAACAAAUUAGGAUGCUCUGUUGCAGUACUACACACAAAUACUAACAAAUUAGGAUGCUCUGUUGCAGUACUACACAAAUACUAGCAAAUUAGGAUGCUCUUUUACAGUACUACACACAAAUACUAACAGCAUUCAAAGGGCACUGUACAGUUUUUCAUAAAACAUCUGUAGCUAACAACUAGCUUAUCAUUAAUAUAACCACACUGCUACCAUAAGGUACAAGCAUGGUGAAUGGAUAAAGGUAAAACAGAAUUUCAGAACAACAGGGUCCUGUUCACUCUAUGCCCUGAUAGUUAUUCCCAUGUUGUGCCUCUAUUGAGAAGGUGAAGAUCAACCCUCCUACUCUGUUCUUCUCUCCACAGGCAGCUGAUUCUAGAUGGCCAGUGGGAAGAGGUCCUACAGUUCAUUCAGCCUUUAGAGGGCAUGGACAAGUUUGACAAAAAGAGGUGAGAUAACCUUUUUUAAUGCUUAUAUGACCCAAUGUCUGCCACCCAAAUGUGAAUCUUAACUCUUGCCAGAUACACAGACCACAUUAACUCUUCAGAGAUUUGAUUAGCCAGUCAAGAGUGAGGUCUCGACCGAGAGGUGAAAUGAGGUCUUAUCUUUGUACAGUCGACCUAUUUUGUUCAAUUACAUACGAAGCAAUGCCAAUUUUCCCUUUUCAAUUUUGGCACAUUGGCCAAAGGUUAAUAGAUGAACCCAGUUGACAGUGAGUUGUUUUUUUACUGAAUGUUAUAAAUGUGUCUUGUGAUCCUCCCUGGCUUGUCCAGGUUCCGCUACAUCGUCCUGAAACAGAAAUUUCUGGAAGCCUUGUGUGUGAAUAACGCCAUGUCAGCUGCCGACGACCCUCAGAAUGUGAGUGGGACAGCCAAUCUAUACCGCAAGCAUUGCAUGUGGUACUGUAUUCAAAUAGACAUGCUGAGAUACUGGCAGCAAAAGCCACCCAUCUGUUGAGCAAGAUCCAUUUCAAGAGAUCAACUGUUUUUAUGCUUCAGGUGUAGCAAAGCUAAAAGCAUCACUACGGAAGGAAAACGUGACCCUUCAGGUGUAGUUUGGGAGUAAUUUGGAAGUGAACUUCAUGUUCAAGGAAAAUAUAAUAAUAGGCACUUCUUAAUUCAUGAAUUACAUUUAAAUUAUCUUAAAUUGGCUUAGUAUUAGUGUGAUAUACUAUGAAAUAAUAGCUAUACUUAGUAUUACUCUACUCAGUAAACGCCAUUGAAUGAAGCUCCUGCCCCUUUCCUUAUGCUGCCGACAGCUGGAGCUGUCCAUGCAGGAAGCGGUCAAGUGUCUCCACAGCCUGGAGGUGUUACUGCCCCUCUAAAGACGACUACAGUAAACUCUGCCUGCUCCUCACCCUGCCCUGCCUCACCCAACACGCUGAGUUCAAGGACUGGAACCCUAGCACGGCCCGGGUGCACUGCUUCGAGGAGGCCUGCGCCAUGGUGGCUGAGUUCAUCCCUGCCGACAGGAAGCUGAGCGAGGCUGGGUUCAGGGCCUCAGGGAACCGCCUCUUCCAGCUGCUCAUCAAAGGAGUGUUGUAUGAGUGCUGUGUGGAGUUCUGUCAGGUGGGUGUGGCUUUAUCAGUCAAUCAAAUGUAUUUAUAAAGCCCUUUUUACAUCAGCAGUUGUCACAAAGUGCUUUACGGUAACCAGGGCCCCAACGACUAAGGAGAAGCAGAAGCACAGUGGCCAGUUAAAAUUCCCUAGAAGGUAGUAACCUAGAGAGGAAUCAGGCUCAGUAAAUAUGGCCAAUGUGUUGGCUGGAGGUGAGUGAGGUCAGUUCCUUUACCUUGUUUCGGAAUGUCAAGUGUUUUGAGAAAGGUUGAAAAAUGUCUCUUUGAGACACCAAUGUUCUCCGUUUCCAAAACUCUACAGAGGUCCCAAGGAUGAGACGCUUCACCACGUACAUAAUGGAAGGGGAGCUUCACAGUAGCUCAGUCUAACUCAUCCUUGCUGAUAGGUGAAGUUACUAUAGAGAUAUGACUACCAGGAGUCUCUAGCCUAGGUAAUACCAGUUCAGAUGGAGGAAAUGAGACACAAACAGUCUGUCCUCUUCUCUUCCAGAGCAAAGCCACGGGGGAGGAGAUCACAGAGGACGAGGUGCUCUUGGGCGUGGACGUGCUGUGCGGCAAUGGCUGCGACGAACUCGACCUCUCCCUGCUCUCGUGGCUCCAGAACCUCUCGCCAGGCGCCUUCUCCUGCGCCUUCCAGCAGAAGACCCUGGCCAUCCACGUGGAUCCCCUCGUCAAGCCUACCAAGGCCGGCCACGCCGACCUGCUCACCCCCCUCAUCAGCCGGCUUUCCCCCUGUCCCUCCUCGCCCCUGCAGAGGCCCCAGUCGGCAGACACCUACAUGUCGCGGUCCCUGAACCCGGCGCUGGACGGGCUGUCCCAUGGCCUGGCUGCCCAGACCCAGAACAAGAGGGGCAUGGAGGGCAGCGUGAGGCCGGCGCUCAGCCAAAGCAUGGUGGAGAAUAACGUGCGCCAGCUGGACGACGACUCGCCAGAGAGGUACAACGCUAGGCCCUUCAGGGUUAAUAUAGAUUUAUUGAAAUCAGUAGGUACGGCUUGACAAUACUAUUACUGUAAACAAGAUGCACUCUUACCAGGAUUCACAAUGAAUCCCAAUUCCAUUCAGGUCCAAACACCUUUCCUUAACCUUUAACCUUUCCUUAACCUUUAACCUUUCCUCACGCUUUAACCUUUCCUUAACCUUUAACCUUUCCUCACGCUUUAACCUUUCCUUAAGCUUUAACAUGUGGAACACGUUUAUACCCUACUAGUACUAGAUCCAUGUGGAGACAUAAAUCAUUGCUGUGUGUAUGCGGUUUUGAGUAACUGCCCAAAAGUGAAUGCAGACCUAUACCCUUACAAAUAGUGGAUCUCUGCAUAUGGCACUUUAUUUAGCCUUAAUAGUAUUAUCAGUAAUCCUGUUAACAAUGCUUUGACAUACAUUAGCUGUUGUGCACUGUCUGAGAGGUCCACCACUCUGCUCUUGCAAAGAGCCCAUCAGGGCUGGGUAUAGAAGUGGAAACAUUCAGUAUUCGGACACAUAUUGGACAAUGUGGCUAUGUCUGUUUUGGCAUUUAUAUCUGGCAAGAUAGCUAGUAUUUAAAUAUAGAUUUCAUUAUGAUUCAAUUUGAUUAAAGACCGACCACAUAGUGGUGAUGGUGAACUCUUGCAGUUGAGGAUUAAUAGGAGCUGUAGCAGCAGUUUGGCAUGUAUAUUGUUGUGAUGUAAGCGAAGACAUGUCCUCUAGGGACUCAGUUUGGCAUGUAUAUUGUUGUGAUGUAAGCGAAGACAUGUCCUCCUAGGGACUCAGUUUGGCAUGUAUAUUGUUGUGAUGUAAGCGAAGACAUAAUGUCCUCUAGGGACUCAGUUUGGCAUGUAUAUUGUUGUGAUGUAAGCGAAGACAUGUCCUCCAGGGACUCAGUUUGGCAUCAUGUCACGGACUGGUUCGCUGACAAGCUGACUGUGGUCUCUAAGGGCGACUGAAUGAAGUAUGAAAACAUUAGUAGAAUUUUUUUAAAUAUAUAUAAUAGUAAUAAUAUGCCAUUUAGCAGACGCUUUUAUCCAAAGCGACUUAGUCAUGUGUGCAUACAUUUUUACGUAUGGGUGGUCCCGGGGAAUCGAACCCACUACCCUGGCGUUACAAGCGUCAUGCUCUACCAAUUGAGCUACAGAGGACCAGAUGCACACAUCGACCCCUAGGUCUUACCUAGGCUUGUGUAGAUCUGAAAGGAAUUAAUAGGUAGGUCUUUACCUAUAGGGUCUAUUGUAUAUGCGGUCUGUACCGGUCGACUGUUCUGUAGUCAAACGAUGAUGAUGGUGACGGUCUAUGGCCUAUAUGCAAUAUGGUACUAGCCCCACCACCACCACCUCCCUAGGGUGUAGGGGGCGAUUUGGGAUUGGUUGAAAGUGUGCUUACAGUGCCUUCGGAAAGUAUUCAGACCCGUUGACUUUUUCCACAUUUUGUUACUUUACAGCCUUAUUCUAAAAGUAUUGAGUAAAGGGUCUGAAUACUUAUGUAAAUGUAACAUUACAUUUUAUUUUUUUAUCUUGAUAAAUUAGCAAAACAUUCUAGAAAUCUGUUUUUGCUUUGUCAUUAUGAGGUAUUGUGUGUAGAUUGAUGAGGGGAAAAAACUAUUGAAUCAAUUUUAGAAUAAGGCUGUAAUGUAACAAAAUGUGGAAAAAGCCAAGGGGUCUGAAUACUUUCCAAAGGCACUGUAUUUUGCAGUGUAUGCCAUUUUGGAGAGGACACUGUAAAUGUGUCCCUGCCAAGCCUAUAGUCAUGUGGAUAUUUUGUCCCUUUGUCAACAGGAUUGUCCCACCGGUUCUGGCCUCCAGUGGACCAAAUGUCAUGCGCACCCCACUGGCACCGGGGACGGACGGUGGGCCACCAAACGAAAAAGAGGUAAUUUCACCUCCUCGUAUCACGCAAGGCAUUUCCUGUGACAAUAAGGGUUAGUGAGACCAGCGCAUCUAACUGUAAAUGCCACUAACAUUUCAUCCCAAUUUCCUGCAAACCUUUGUGAAAGAUGGUGCCCCCAUCUGGCCAUUAGGACAUACAUUAUAAAAGGGAAUACAUCUUGUGAUCUCUCUCUCUCUCUCUCUCUCUCUCUCUCUCUCCUCUCUCUCUCUCUCUCCUCCCUCUUCUCUCGCUCUCUCUCAUGCCUCCCCCACCUAUUUCUCCUCUCUCUCUCUCUCUCUCUCUCUCUCUUCUCAUGGCCUCCCCCACAAAUUUCUCUCUCUCUCUCUCUCUCAUGCCUCCCCCACCCUCUCUCUCUCUCUCUCUCUCAUGGCCUCCCCCACCGCUUUCUCCUCUCUUCUCUCUCUCUUCGGCCUACCCACCCCCCUCUCUCUCUCUCUCUUCAUGGCCUCCCCCACCCUCUCUCUCUCUCUUUCUCUCUCUCAUGGCCUCCCCCCACCCCUCUCUCUCAUGGUCGUCCCCCCCACACUCCCAUCUCCUCACCCACUGACAUUAGUUACCUAUAAAUCCACCUCAACGACCUCGUCCACGAGGGAGUCGACCCCACAGACACCCUGUCAUCUGACAGGGGAGUCUAUGAGCUACUGCCAACAGCGGCCACCUCAUCUGCUAUGGUGGCCAUAAUCUGAUGACACAGGUCACGGACAGCGGUGUAGAAUCUGCUUUGAUGGCUGGUCUCGACAGCCAACCUGCUAGCAUACUCAUUGCUCAUUGUAAUGCAUCGCUAAAGCCCAGCAGGUUUAGAUUGGAUUUUUCUGUGCAUGCAUAGAGUCACUUUAGAGAGAUGAAGAGUUGUCCCAUUGUGUGUCUGAUGGGGGUCCUUGGUAAUUUAAUUUAAUUUUUUUUAAUGGGGAUGAGCUUUGAGGCCUUGAAAUUGUGGAGUUGGCUGUACAGUAGUUUGCAGCUUGUUUUUGGAAGUAACCUCAUGACCUGACAUAAUGGUGUGUGGGCGCGUUUCAGUCUUUGUGUACUAUGUCCGUCUAUCUUUCUGAAUGCGUGUGUGUGUGUCUUCAACAGCAUGACAGUGAGCAGGUCCAGGAGUACCACAGGCAGAGGAAACGUGUCCAGCAGCACCUGGAGCAGAAGCAGCAGCAGAGACAGCUGUACCAGCAGAUGCUCCUGGAGGGGGGGGUUCACACACAGGAGGGGCCAGAUGCCCAGAACACCCUCACCUGGAGGGAGCACAACCUCACAGAGAAGUUCCUCAACAGGUUAGCAUAAAAAACACACACACAACACACACACACACACACACACACAAACACACACAAAACAAACACACACACAUGGAGGGAGCACAACCUCACAGAGAAGUUCCUCAACGUUAGAGAAAACAACAACACACACACACACACACACACACACACACACACCACAAACACCACACACACACACACACACACAUACACACCUGGAGGGAGCACAACCUCACAGAGAAGUUCCUCAACCGGUUAGAGACAACACACACACACACACACACACACACACACACACACACACACACACACACACACACACACACACACACACACACACACACCUCACCUGGAGGGAGCAACAACCUCACAGAGAAAAAAACCUCACUCAUUAGAUUGUCGUUCAUUGAUGUCUUCCAAACAAGUUGUCUGACAGUGUUGAAAAUUAAAUUGAAUCAAAUUGUAUUGGUCGCGUACAAAGAUUUGCAGAUGUUUAAUCCCAGUCUCCUCAGGAGGCCUUUUACCUCUUGGUAUGCCGUCAUUGUAAAUAAGAAUUUGUUCUUAAUUGACUUGCCUAGUUAAAUUAAGGUUAAAUAAAAUAAAUAGGAAGUGCAGUGAAAUGCUUAUGUUUCUAGCUCCAACAGUGUAGUAAUAUCUGGCAAUAAUUGUAGUCAUGGCUCAUCCUAUAUAACUACUGCUGUACACACCUUUUCUAUUCAUAUACUGUCCAGUGGAGGAUCGUCAAGGAGGAAGGGGAGGACCAUCCUCCUCAGUGAAUUCAAAAAAAUAAAAUAAAUGGUAAAACAUUGAAAAAGUUAUCCUUUUUAGAUAAAACUAUACUAAAUAUAUUCAACAGCACUCUGUAGGGUAGCACCAUGGUGUAGCCGGAAGACAGCUAGCUUCCGUCCUCCUCUGGGUACAUUGACUUCUAUACAAAACCUAGGAGGCUCUUGGUUCUCACCCCCUUCCAUAGACUUACACAGUAAUUAUGACAACAUCCGGAGGACGUCCUCCAACCUAUCUAUCAGUGCUGUUGCAGCAUGAACUGACAUGUUGUCCAUCCCAAUCAAAGGAUCAGAUAAUGAAUCUAGUACUGAAAGCAUAAGCUACAGAGUAGUUGACUCAAAGAGAGAGAAAGACAAUAGUUGAACAGUUUUGAACAAAUUAAUUUCUUCAAAAAUGAAAGAGAAGCAAGAGAGAGAGAGAUUUAUUCUUUUUUUUUUCAGUUUCACUUAGUUAGCUAUCAAAUACAGCUAGCUAGUUUAGCCUACUGAAACACCCUGCUCAAACAGAGGGAUGCUAUGUUAGCUAGCUGGCUAUGACUAUCCAACACUGGAACUCUUCCAAGUCAAGGUAAGCUUUUGGUUUGAUUAAUUUAUUGCCACCGGGGCCCGCCAGUCUAACUGCUUACUGACUAUACACUGUAACAUUACUGCAUGAUUGUAGCGGUUUUACUAACGCAUUAGUUCUAUUAGCUAUGUUGACUAGGACGUUACUUUAGCUAAUAUGGGGACAAUGAUGUAGGCUGUGUGUAGCGGUUAUGACAAGGUUUGGAAAGGUUUUUUCGCCUGGUCACAUACAGCUUAUGUGUUAUUCAUUGAAGUCCACAAACGAAGGGAAAUGGUGAGAGGAGGAGAGUGCAUAGAGGCUAGAAUGAAUAAAACGUAGCUGGUAUGUUUGAAAGUGAACUGUGCCUAUGCGUGAUCAGGGGUGUAUUCAUUCUGCCGAUUCUGUUGAAAAACGUCUCAUAAACGGAAGAAAACAAAACGGGGCUAAAAAUACCAGAAUUUGUCCAAUAGAAACUCUCGUUUGCAACUGUUGGACUAAUGAUUGCAUCCUAGAUAAGCUAGAUGCAGGCAAGAGUGUGCAAGGCGGUAUUGAAUGUGUCACUGUCUGUUCAUGUGUCACUGUCUAUCAUCUCAAAUUUGUCUCUCGACCUGUGUGCACCUACGUUGUAAACUUUCAUUUCAUAGGCUAGGUUGUAGCAACCUCAUGAUGGGUAUAGGGAACAUUAGAGUAUCAUGUAGUAGCCUAAACCUAUCGAUGUUACAUUGAACUGGGUGGAUGGAAUAUGAAUGACAGUCAUCCAACAUGCUGUAAUAGAAAUAAGGCCAUGCUCAUAAAAAAAACAAAAAUUGUCCUCCCUCAUCAUAAACAGCACUGACCGCCACUGAUACUGUCUGUACCAUCCUAUAUAACUACAGCUAUACACACCUUUUCUAUUCAUAUACUAUCCAUAAUGUCUAUACACACUAUUUAUAUAGUUUAUUAGGUACACCCAUCUCGCACCGGAUCGUACCCACCUUUUGCCUCCAGAACAGCCGGACUUCUUCGGGGCAUGACAACGUUGCUUUAUUGGUAUCAAGGGACCUAACGUGCGCCAGGAAAACAUUCCCCACACCAUUACACCACCACCACAAGCCUGUACCGCUGACACCAGGCAGGAUAGUGUCAUGGACUCAUGCUGCUUACGCCAAAUCCUGAACCGGGAUACGUUGGACCAGGCAAUGUUUUUCCACUCCUCAAUUGUCCAGUGUUGGUGACCGCGUGCCCACUGGAGCUGCUUCUUCUUGUUUUUAGCUGAUAGAAGUGGAACCCGGUGUGGUCGUCUGCUGCAAUAGCCCAUCCAUGACAAGGACCGACGAGUUGUGCAUUCCAAGAUGCCGUUCUGCACACCACUGUUGUACUGCGCCGUUAUUUGCCUGUUUGUGGCCCGCCUGUUAGCUUGCACGAUUGUUGCCAUUCUUCUUCGACCUCUCAUCAACAAGCUGUUUUCACCCACAGGACUGCCGCUGACUGGAUGUUUUUUUAUUUGUCGCACAAUUCUCGGUAAACCCUAGACACUGUCGUGCGUGAAAAGCCCAGGAGGGUGGCCAUUUCUGAGAUACUGGGACUGGCUCGCCUGGCUCCAACCAUCAUAUCACACUCAAAGUCACUUAGGUCAGUCGUUUUGCCCAUUCUAACAUUGAACCAAACAGUAACUGAAUGCCUCAAUGCCUGUCUGCCUGAUUUAUAUAGCCUGCCACGGCCACAUGACUCACUGUCUGUAGGAGCGAACCAUUUUUUCGUGAAUGGGCUGGUGUACCUAAUAAACUGCCAAGCGGUUAACACUCAACCGGUUAAGAGCGUUGGGCCAGUAACUGAAAGGUCGCUGGUUCGAAUCCCUGAGCUGACUAGGUGAAAAAUCUGUCAAUGUGCCCUUGAGGAAGGCACUUAACCCUAAUUGCUCCUGUAAGUCGAUCUGGAUAAGAUCGUCUGCUAAAUGACUAAAAUAAAAAUGAAUAAUAACCAGAAAGUUAAAUUAAGACAUUUCAGAAAAAGCAUAUAUAUAUAUAUAUAUAUAUAUAUAUAUAGAUAAACACAUACACACACACACAGUGCAUUCGGGAAAGUAUUCAGACCCCUUGACUUUUUACACAUUUUGUUACAUUACAGCCUUAUUCUAAAAUCGAUGAAAUUGAUUUCUUCCAUCAAUCUACACACAACACUCCAUAAUGACAAAGCAAAAACUGUUUUUUAGAAAUGUUUGCUAAUUUAUUCAAAAUAAAAAAAAAGGGAAAUAUCAAAUUUACAUAAGUAUUCAGACCCUUUACUCAGUACUUUGUUGAAGCACCUUUUUGCAGCGAUUACAGCCUCAAGUCUUCUUGGGUAUGACGCUACAAGCUCGGCACACCUGUAUUUUGGGAGUUUCUCCCAUUCUUCUCUGCAGAUCCUCUCAAGCUCUGUCAGGUUGUAUGGGGAGCGUCGCUGCACACCUACUUUCAGGUCUCUUCAGAGAUGUUCGAUUGGGUUCAAGUCCAGGAUCUGGCUGGGCCACUCAAGGACAUUCAGAGACUUGUCCCGAAGCCACUCCCGCGUUGUCUUGGCUGUGUGCUUAGGGUUGUGUGCUGGAGCAGGUUUUCAUCAAGGAUCUCUCUGUGCUCCGUUCAUCUUUGCCUAGAUCCUGACUAGUCUCCCAGUCCCUGCCGCUGAAAAACAUCCCCACAGCAUGAUGCUGCCACCUCCAUGCUUCCCCGUAGGGAUGGUGCCAGGUUUCCUCCUAGACGUGACGCUUGGCAUUCAGGCCAAAGAGUUCAAUCUUGGUUUCAUCAGAUCAGAGAAUCUGGUUUCUCAUGGUCUGAGAGUCCUUUAGGUGCCUUUUGGCAAACUCCAAGCAGGGCUGUCAUGUGCCUUUUACUGAGGAGUGGCUUCCGUCUGGCCACUCUACCAUAAAGGCCUGAUUGGUGGAGUGCUGCAGAGAUGGUUGUCCUUCUGGAAGGUUCUCCCAUCUCCACAGAGGAAGUCUGGAGCUCUGUCAGAGUGACCAUCGGGUUCUUGGUCACCUCCCUGACCAAGGCCCUUCUCCCCCGGUUGCUCAGUUUGACCGGGCGGCCAGCUCUAGGAAGAGUCUUGGUGGUUCCAAACUUCUUCCAUUUAAAAAUAAUGGAGGCCAUUGUGUUCUUGGGGACCUUCAAUGCUGCAGAAAUGUUUUGGUACCCUUCCCCAGAUCUGUGCCUCGACACAAUCCUGUCUUGGAGCUCUACGGACAAUUCCUUCGACCUCAUGGCUUGGUUUUUGCUCUGACAUGCACUGUCAACUGUGGGACCUUAUAUAGACAGCUGUGUGCCUUUCCAAAUCAUGUCCGAUCAAUUGAAUUUACCACAGGUGGACUCCAAUCAAGUUGUAGAAACAUCUCAAGGAUGAUCAAUGGAAACAGGAUGCACCUGAGCUCAAUUUCGAGUCUCAUAGCAAAGGGUCUGAAUACUUAUGUAAAUAAGGUAUUUCAGUUUUCUAUUUUUUAUAAAUUGGUAAACAUUUCUAAAAACCUUUUUUUGCUUCGUCAGUAUGGGGUAUUGUGUGUAGAUUGAUGAGGGGAAAAAAUUAUUUAAUCAAUUUUAGAAUAAGGCUGUAAAGUAACAAAAUGUGGAAAAAGUCAAGGGGUCGGAAUACUUUCCGAAUGCACUGUGUGUCUGUUUGAGCCGGGUGUUUGGGUAGUCACUAGCGACUAGUGAAAGUGAAGAAAAAAAAUACAACAAAAUAUAGCUAGCUCGCUCUCUUGCUUCUCCUUCAUUUUUAAAGAAAUGUAUUUGUUGAAAACUGUUCAACUAUUGUCUUUCUCUCUUUGAGUCAACUACUCACCACAUUUUAUGCACUGCAGUGCUAGCUAGCUGUAGCUUAUGCUUUCAGUACUAGAUUAAUUCUCUGAUCCUUUGAUUGGGUGGACAACAUGUCAGUUCAUGCUGCAAGAGCACUGAUAGGUUGGAGGACGUCCUCUGGAAGUUGUCAUAAUUACUGUGUAAGUCUAUGGAAGGGGGUGAGAACUAGCUGUCCUCCGGCUACACCAUGGUGCUACCCUACAGAGUGCUGUUGAGGCUACUGUAGACCUUCAUUGCAAAACAGUGUGUUUUAAUCAAUGAAUUGUUGACUUUCUUUCUAUGUUUCACUUUUUAUUUAUAUGAAAUUCACUAAGGAUGGUCACUGGUGACCGCCAAUCUAAUGUCCCAAAAUUAUUUUCGGCUGUAGGAAAUAAUACUAGAAACGUUCUGAGCAAAUAGUGUAAGGAAUAACACCAAAAAAUGCCAAAUACUGCACAGUUGUCUAGGAGUUGGAAACAGGGUGGACCGUGUCUGUCGGCGCCAUCUUGCUUUCUAUCCAGUGAUCGUAGAUGUUAUACCUGGCUAGCUCAACCUUAUCUAGACCAGACGGUCAAUCACGCAAUCAUUUUUUUAAAGAAAUACUUUAUGAAUUUUUCAAUGCGUUUUAAAAGAGUUUCAUAUUUUUCAAUAUUCCAUUUUUGCUCCGGUGAGAUAAGUGUCAAGAUGAGACACUUUAUAGCUUCCACAUAAAAGGAGCGACUGGGAGGCAAAAAGCCACUGCCUCAUCCAUCUUUUUAGCACAGGGACUCAGAGUUGUCUUUCUCCAUGCCUGUAUUCCUCUCAGCCAGACUGGGACGCUUGUUGUGGACACCUGGAGGGAGACGCAAACCAUCUGUAAGGACCCAGGAUUUACAAUUUCCUGAAUUAUGUUAGUAAAGUGAAGAAAAUGGAACAGAGGGACAUCAGACUCACCCAACAUCUCCUCCAUCUUCUCAAACGUGUGUCUCAGCACAGUCUGGCUCUUUCCUUUCUUCUGGGCGCGGCCCACAUAGAUCCGCCUCCCGUUUUGAACUCCUUCCCGUUCAUUUCUUCCCCUGCCUGAGGAGGUCAGAUAUACUCCAUUGAGACACUGGACUCAUAGACACUGAGCUCUAUUCCACAUCUAGACGGUGAUGGUAAUGUAUGGCAUCACUCACCCUCUGGGCAUCCUCAUGCCUCUCAACGCAGACACUGUCAUCAGUUACUACCCUGACGCUCUGGGUUUCUCCUGAAAUGGACAGAAUCACCCUUGACUCAAUAAAAAAGCUACUAAACACACAAGAUUAUAUGACACACGUCUGGCAAACACUCACCAUAGUUUCUGAACAUCUCGCUGAGCUUCUCCUCGUUGAUGUCCCUUGCCAAAGUUUUUAAUCAACAGGUAAGUGAACUCCUUGGCCCUGGCUCUAAGCUCCGCCUCUCGCUCUUUCUCAGCCUCUCUCUCUUCGUGAGAUUUAAAGGGUCUGAGAAACGCUUUUCUCUCAUUGAGCAUCAUGCCGUUCAGUUUCUCAAUGGCUCCAUCAGCAGCCUCCUGGAUUGUGAAGUGCACAAAACCAUAACCCUUUGACAAGCCAUUCUCAUCACAAACCACCUUGCAUGAGCUGAUGUCUCCGAAGAUGGAGAAGGUGUCGUGCAGGGCUUUGCUGCAAAUUGACUUAUCAAGAUUGUUCAGAUAGAUGUUACCAACGCCACUCCUCCUCAUGGUAGGGUCUUGUUGAUACCACAUGAUGCGCAUAGGUUUUCCUUUGACCACUUCAAAGUUCAAUGUCUCCAGAGCCCUCUCAGCAUCUGCUUGCCGGUGAAAGUUGACAUAAUCAUAUCCCAGGGAUCGAUGUGUGGCUUUGUCCCUGCAAACCUUAAUAGAAUGUAAUGCUCCGGCGGUGCUGAACUUCUGAUAGAGGAUAUCCUUGUUUGUAUCCUGAUGAAGGUCUCCCACAUACAGGGAGCCUCUAGGGUUUCUAGUUCCCCUGGGAUUCAUUUUACAAGUGUAAAAAAUGUGCAGAAAACAAACUUCUGAAGGUUUACAGGCUGAUGUCUUCUUGAUUGACACAGAUGAGCUUCCUUGUUUGUUUCAAUAAACAGCUAGCUAAAUAUGCCCAAGAAAGGUUAGAGCUCGUGGAAAAACAAUUCUGAUAAGAAAAAGAACAUUCCGGAACCAGAGAAUCACUUUGUUAUGUCAUAAAGUGUUUGUAUCCUAUCCACUUUAAUGGGAUUUCUACAACAUUCUAAAGCUCCCAUUGUUAAAUCAGCGACGACAUCACACAUUCUAGCCUCUGUAAGCCUUUCAAUCCUAUCAACUGCAUAAUAUCUAUAAUCUACCGCUUCAACCUUUUGUUUAUUAUCCAUCCAUCAACCCGUCUAACCUAAAUUCAUCCUUCCAUCCAUAACUUAUGGUAUCCUUCCAUUACAGAUACAUUCUUUCAUCCUCUAUCCAUCAAACAAAUCAAAAUCAAUCACCCCAACAUCCUUUUCACCUGGCAUUAUUUAACCUCUUCCCUCUGCUCCAGCUACGUGGCGCCAUCUUGACUGUCCAUCUGUUGGAGGCUUGAAACACUAAACGUUCAACUGUGGCUGAAAAUCGUAGUCCAUACCUCUACUCUGUCAUAUAUCUGUAUUAUUUGAUUCUUGUUUGUUUUUGCUUUUUUUUAAUGCACUUUGAGAUUUCUUUUUGUAAUGAAAAGCGCUAUAGAAGUUAAAUAAUACCUGCUUUCAGCCCUCCACCCCUCCAUCUAUCCCUCCUUUAGUUUUCUGUCUAUCCAUGAUCUGCUUCAUCUCUCCAAGUAUACGUUCUUUCUUUAAUCCAUACAUCCAUUAUUCUUCUCAUAAUUUUAUUCGUAGAUACUUUAUUAACUUUUUUGACACGCUCCAAAAAUUAAUUUGAUCAAUUACCAUUGUGUUAAUAACAAUGACAGAGGUAUACAUGCAUUUGAUUUGUGGUUAGUGAUCUAGUGGUCUUAUUUGUGGUUAGUGAUCUAGUGGUCUUAUUUGUGGUUAGUGAUCUAGUGGUCUUAUUUGUGUCACAGUAGUUCAAUGAGCUUGUGUUUUAGUUAGUGUGGAAGAAUGUAUAAUCUAUCAGCUGCUUCACUGACUCCCAUCCCUGGUGUCUGUGUCUGUCUCUGUCUCUGUGUCUGUGUCUGUGUCUGUGUCUCUGUGUGUGCAGGUCCAUCCAGAAGCUGGAGGAGAUGAACGUGGGGAUGGACAAUGUGGGGGAGGAGGGGGGGGUCCAGUCUGUGAGCCAGCAGUGUAACGGGAGCCCUGGACCCGACUCCAGUACCCAGACCCAAGAGACAGGCCCCCUCAGGGACAAGCCGGGGGGGGUCAGCAGCACCCCUCUCAUGGCAGGGUCUCAGGGCAUGCCCUCCUUCGACGAGUCCCCCGUCCAGAACACUCAUAGGUGAGUGGUCACGAAGAGGGCCAGACAAGAAUCUGUGUUUUCCUAAAAUGCUUCCUGUGGUUAAGGAAUAUUAGUAUCCACCGAGACCCUCAAGGUUUUCCUUGUGGUCACUGGAGGUGGAAAGUUUGGGAACCACCGUUCUAAACAAUAGCCAUACAGCAUUGUCCCCUUGUUUGGGAGGAUUUGACGUAAGUCCACUGGUACACAAUAACAUGAAAACUCUAUGUUUUGAUUCCCUCAGUGCUCAGAGGAACAGGGCCCCUCUGCCUACACUUCAGGAUGACUCGGGCGGCUCCCCGAUGCGCAACAAUUCUCAGAAGGUAGGCUUCCAGUGGACUGAGAGACUCAACCCUGAGUGGACCUCCCCCUGGUUCCUCUGAUUGGACCUCCCCUCCAAACCUGGUUCCUCUGAGUGGACCUCCCCUCCGAACCUGGUUCCUCUGAGUGGACCUCCCCUCUGAACCUUGUUCCCCUGAGUGGACCUCCCCUCUGAACCUGGUUCCUCUGAGUGGACCUCCCCUCUGAACCUUGUUCCCCUGAGUGGACCUCCCCUCUGAACCUGGUUCCUCUGAGUGGACCUCCCCUCUGAACCUGGUUCCCCUGAGUGGACCUCCCCUCUGAACCUGGUUCCCCUGAUUGGACCUCCCCUCCGAACCUGGUUCCUCUGAGUGGACCUCCCCUCCGAACCUGGUUCCUCUGAGUGGACCUCCCCUCUGAACCUGGUUCCUCUGAGUGGACCUCCCCUCUGAACCUGGUUCCUCUGAGUGGACCUCCCCUCUGAACCUGGUUCCUCUGAGUGGACCUCCCCUCUGAACCUGGUUCCUCUGAGUGGACCUCCCCUCUGAACCUUGUUCCCCUGAGUGGACCUCCCCUCUGAACCUGGUUCCUCUGAGUGGACCUCCCCUCUGAACCUGGUUCCUCUGAGUGGACCUCCCCUCUGAACCUGGUUCCUCUGAGUGGACCUCCCCUCUGAACCUGGUUCCUCUCUAGGUAUCUUCAUCCUAGGGAGUUUUUCCUGCCCACUGUGCUUCUCCUACUGCCUGCUCUUUGGAGUGUAGUCCAGGUUACUGAAAAUAACUUUGUGACAACUACUUAUACAGUGCCUUCAGAAAGUAUUCACACACCUUGACUUUUUCCACAUUUUGUGUAACAGCAGUGAAUUUCAAACACAGAUACAACCACAAAUACCAGGGAGGUUUUCCAAUGCCUCGCAAAGAAGGGCAUCUAUUGGUAGAUUGGUUCAGGAAAAACACACAAAAAACUGACAUUGAAUAUCCUUUUGAGCAUGGUGAAGUUAUUAAUUACGCUUUGGAUGUGUAUCAAUACACCCAGUCACUACAAAGACACAGGCGUCCUUCCUAACUCAGUUGCCGGAGAGGAAGGAAACCGCUCAGGGAUUUCACCAUGAGGCCAAUGGUGACUUUAAAUCAGUUACAGAGUUUAAUGGCUCUGAGGAUGGAUCAACAACAUUGUAGUUACUCCACAAUAUAAAAUCUAAUUGACAGAGUGAAAAGAAGGAAGUCGGUACAGAAUACAAUAUCCCAAAAUAUGCAUCCUGUUUGCAACCAGGCACUAAAGUAAUACUGCAAAACAUGUGGCAAAGCAAUUCACUUUUUGUCCUGAAUACAAAGUGUUAUGUUUGGGGCAAAUCCAAUACAACACAUUACUGAGUACCGCUCUCCAUAUUUUCAAGCAUAGUGGUGGCUGCAUCAUGUUAUUGGUAUGCUUGUAAUCGUUAAGGACGGGGGAGUUUUUCAGGAUAAAAAAGAAACUGAAUGCUAAGCACAAGCAAAAUCCUAGAGGAAAAACUAGUUCUGUUUGCCUUCCACCAGACACUGGGAGAUGAAUUCACCUUUCAGCAGGACAAGUUAGUUUUUACUUAAAUCUACUUGAAAAUCUAUGGCAAGACCUGGAAAUGGUUGUCUAGCAAUGAUCAACAACCAAUUUGACAGGUUGAAGAAAUUUGAAACUAAUAAUGGGAAAUAUUGCACAAUCCAGGUGUGGAAAGCUGUUAGAGAUUUACCCAGAAAGACUCACAGCUGUAAUCUCUGCGAACGUUGCUCCUACAAAUGAUUGACUCGGGUAUGAAUAGUUAUGUAAAUUAGAUAUUUCUGUAUGUUCAAUACAUUUGCUAAAAUUCAUAAAAACAUGGGGUAUCGUGUGUAGGUGGGUGAGAGAAAAUAAAUGUAAUCCAUUUUGAAUUCGGGCUGUAACACAACAAAAUGUGGUGUGAAUACUUUCUGAAGGCACUGUAUAAAAAGGGCUUUAAAAUAUGGAUUUGAUUCACAAUGGAUUGAUGUGUGUUCAGAUGGAGAAGCCCAAGGCCCAGUUUGUGGCGGUGAACAGUCUGGAGGACACGCAGGCGUUGCGCGCGGUGGCCUUCCACCCCACGGGGGCGCUGUACGCCGUGGGCUCCAACUCCAAAACCCUGCGCGUCUGUGCUUACCCAGACACCCUCAACACAAGGUAACUAACUACCUAUACUCAGACCAGUCCCAAAAACUAACAAAGCUCCUACCCCAGUGUUCACAAACCCCUGGUGCUGGAGAACUACAGGGUUGUGCAGGUGUUUGGUCCAGCUCAGUGUUGACAAGCCUGAUACACAGAUUAAGUGUAUUAAUGCUGGGCUGGAAACAAAUGCCUGCUACUUACCGUUGGUCUCAAAGACCAAGGGUGUUUGGAAAGAACCAGGUUUAAGCAAUACAGAUGAAGCUUCCUAAAGCCCAUUGGCUGUUAAUUGUUGUAUGGUUUCUCCCUUGAUUUGUCUCCCACUAGUGGGCCAGGCCCAGUCAAGCAGCCGGUGGUGCUCUUCAGAAGGAACAAGCACCACAAGGUUCCAUCUACUGUGUGGCCUGGAGUCACUGUGGACAACUGCUGGCCACAGGCUCCAAUGAUAAAUAUGUCAAAGUGCUGCCCUUCAACGCAGAAACCUGCAAUGCCACAGGUGUGUGUGUGCACGUGUGUUUGUCCGUGCGCGCGUGAGUGUUAUUUUUCAUGUGUCUGCAUUUGUCAUCUGUUUUGUCUGAGGGUGUGUGUGUGUGUGUGUGUGUGUGUAUGUGUGUGUGUUUGCAGGGCCAGACCUGGAGUUCAGUAUGCACGACGGCACCAUCAGAGACCUGGCGUUCAUGGAGGGUCCAGAGAGUGGAGGGUCCAUCCUGAUCAGCGCCGGGGCCGGAGACUGUAACAUCUACACCACUGACUGCCAGAGAGGACAGGGGCUACACGCUCUCAGUGGGCAUACAGGUGCACACACACACACACACACUUGAACAAGCACAUUUAGACAGUGUCCAACAUGACGUUCAUACUGUGUCCAUGUGUCCUUCUGCCAGGCCACAUCCUGUCUCUGUACACGUGGGGGGGGUGGAUGAUCGCCACAGGCUCCCAGGAUAAGACUGUCCGCUUCUGGGACCUGAGAGUGCCCAGCUGUGUGAGGGUGGUGGGGACAGCCCUGCAUGGCUCUGGUAAGGAUCCUACUAGUUCCUGGCAAUGUGACUGGCACACCAGUUCAACUGGACCCGACUGGACAAGACAUGGUGAUGAGCAUCUGUUUAAAACUCUGUUUUUCUGCCCAGUCUUCUUUAUCUGCCUGGACAAGACUGAGCCGAAGGCUGCAAAAUAUGUAUGUGUAAUGAUUCAGUUUACCCACAAGGGGGCACUAAUAGCAUUGUCAGUGGACUUGCGUUCACCUUAGCCUUAGAUGUAACAAAUGACAACCAAUGGGUUGAGUUCAGUAGGGUGAAGAUGUUGAGCUUAUAACUGAACUUGUCCAAUAAGAACACAAAUGUGUGUUUCCUGUUGCAAAGCGUUUUGCUACGUCAUGCCCUACUGAACAGACCCUUGUUGUAUUUCUCAGGCAGUGCAGUGGCCUCGGUGGCUGUGGACCCCAGCGCUCGUCUCUUGGCAACGGGCCAGGAGGACUGCAGCUGCAUGCUCUAUGACAUCAGAGGAGGCCGGAUGGUGCAGACUUACCGCCCACACACCAGCGACGUGCGCUCCGUCCGUUUCUCCCCCGAGGCACACUAUCUGCUCACGGGUUCCUACGACAACAAAGUCAUAAUCACUGACCUGCAAGGUACCUCCUGGUCCACACACACACAUAAACCAAACACAGCUUUCAAAGUGUUUCAUAUACUGUGUAACACAACAGCUUUCUCUAUUGUGAAAAACUUUGUUUGGUUUACUUGUAGUUUUUUUUGUCUUGACUGCUUCGCUCAUGUCGUCUGAUGUCAGACGUAGGCAUAAUCAUCAUCCUGACUGGCAUCCCCCCCCCCCCCCCCCCCUAGAUCUCUCCAAGGCUCUGUCCCGAUUCUCCAUUCUCCUGAAGUGUGCACUUUCCCACUCACUCUCGUGGAUUUGACAAGGGUGGAAACUCCCUUUAGCCAAUGCUAACACCAGUUGAAAGCUUUCAAAUACAGUACCGGUCAAAAGUUUUAGAACACCUACUCAUUCAAGGGUUCUUCUUUAUUUUUACUAUUUUCUACAUUGUAGAAUAAUAGUGAAGACAUCAAAACUAUGAAAUAACACAUAUGGAAUCAUGUAGUAACCAAAAAAGUGUUAAACAAAUCAAAAUAUAUUUUAUAUUUGAGAUUCUUCAAAUAGCCACCCUUUGCCUUGAUGACAGCUUUGCACACUCUUGGCAUUCUCUCAACCAGCCUCAUGAGGUAGUCACCUGGAAUGCAUUUCAAUUAACAGGUGUGCCUUGUUAAAAGUUAAUUUGUGGAAUUUAUUUCCUUCUUAAUGCGUUUGAGCCAAUCAGUUGUGUUUUGACAAGGUAGGGGUGGUAUACAGAAGAUAGCCCUGUUUGGUAAAAGACCAAGUCCAUAUUAUGGCAAGAACAGCUCAAAUACGCAAAGAGAAACGACAGUCCAUCAUUACUUUAAGACAUGAAGGUCAGUCAAUACGGAACAUUUCAAGAACUUUGAACGUUUCUUAAAGUGCAGUCGCAAAAACCAUCAAGCACUAUGAUGAAACUGGCUCUCAUGAGGACCGCCACAGGAAAGGAAGACCCAGAGUUACCUCUGCUACAGAGGAUAAGUUCAUUAGACUUACCAGCCUCAGAAAUUGCCGCCCAAAUAAAUGCUUCACAGAGUUCAACAGACACAUCUCAACAUCAACUGUUCAGAGGAGAUUGCGUGAAUCAGGCCUUCAUGGUCGAGUUGCUGCAAAGAAACCACUACUAUAGGACACCAAUAAUAAGAAGACACUUGCUUGGGCCAAGAAACAUGAGCAAUGGACAUUAGACCAGUGGAAAUGUGUCCUUUGGUCUGGAGUCCAAAUUGGAGAUUUUUGGUUCCAACCGCCGUUUCUUUGUAAGACACGGUGUGGGUGAACGGACGAUCUCCGCAUGUGUAUUUCCCACCGUGAAGCACGGAGGAGGAGGUGUUAUGGUGUGGGGGUGCUUUGCUGGUGACACUGUCUGUGAUUUAUUUAGAAUUCAAGGCACACUUAACCAGCAUGGCUACCACAGCAUUCUGCAGCAAUACACCAUCCCAUCUGGUUUGGGCUUAGUGGGACUAUAUCAUUUGUUUUUCAACAGGACAAUGGCCCAACACACCUCUAGGCUGUGUAAGGGCUAUUUUACCAUGAAGGAGAGUGAUGGAGUACUGUAUCAGAUGACCUGGCCUCCACAAUCCCCCGACCUCAACCAAAUUGAGAUGGUUUGGGAUGAGUCGGACCGCAGAGUGAAGGAAAAGCAGCCAACAAGUGCUCAGCAUAUGUGGGAACUCCUUCAAGACUGUUGGAAAAGCAUUCCAGGUGAAGCUGGUUGAGAGAAUGCCAAGAGUGUGCAAAGCUGUCAUCAAGGCAAAGGGUGGCUAUUUGAAGAAUCUCAAAUAUAUUUUGAUAUGUUUAACAAUGUUUUGGUUACUACAUGAUUCCAUAUGUGUUAUUUCAUAGUUUUGAUGUUUUCACUAUUAUUCUACAAUGUAGAAAAUAGUAAAAAAUAAAGAAAAACCCUUGAAUGAGUAGGUGUUCUAAAACUUUUGACCGGUAGUGUACAUGAUGGGGAAUUUACAUUUUACAUUUAAGUCAUUUAGCAGACGCUCUUAUCCAGAGCGACUUAAAAAUUGGUGCAUUCAAUUUAUGAAAGCCAGUGGCACAACCACUCAAAAUAUUAUUAUUAUUUUGUUUUAUUUUUAUUUUAUUAAUUUUUUUUAAGGGGGGGGGGGGGCUCCGUAGGUAAGCACCAUGGUUUUGUAGUAGAUGCAAGCUUCAACUGGAGGCCUGUGGAGUGUGCGAAGGAGCGGGGUGACAUGAGAGAACUUGGGAAGGUUGAACACCAGACGGGCUGCAGCGUUCUGGAUAAGUUGUAGGGGUUUAAUGGCACAGGCAGGGAGCCCAGCCAACAGCGAGUUGCAGUAAUCCAGACGGGAGAUGACAAGUGCCUGGAUUAGGACCUGUGCCGCUUCCUGUGUAAGGUAGGGUUGUACUCUGCGAAUGUUGUAGAGCAUGAACCUGCAGGAUCAGGUCACCGCUUUGAUGUUAGCGGAGAACGACAGGGUGUUGUCCAGGGUCACGCCAAGGUUCUUUGCGCUCUGGGAGGAGGACACAAUGGAGUUGUCAAUCGUGAUGGCAAGAUCAUGGCGCGGGCAGUCCUUCCCCGGGAGGAAGAGCAGCUCCGUCUUGCUGAGGUUCAGCUUGAGGUGGUGAUCCGACAUCCAUACUGAUAUGUCUGCCAGACAUGCAGAGAUGUGAUUCACCACCUGGUUAUCAGAAGGGGGAAAGGAGAAAAUUAAUUGUGUGUUGUCAGCGUAGCAAUGAUAGGAGAGACCAUGUGAGGAUAUGACAGAGCCAAGUGACUUGGUGUAUAGAGAGAAUAGGAGAGGGCCUAGAACUGAGCCCUGGGGGACACCAGUGGUGAGAGCACGUGGUGCGGAGACAGCUUCUCGCCACGCCACCUGGUAGGAGCGACCUGUCAGGUAGGACGCAAUCCAAGAGUGAGCCGCGCCGGAGAUGCCCAACUUGGAGAGGGUGGAGAGGAGAAUCUGAUGGUUCACAGUAUCAAAGGCAGCAGAUAGGUCUAGAAGGAUAAGAGCAGAGGAGAGAGAGUUAGCUUUAGCAGUGCGGAGAGCCUCCGUGACACAGAGAAGAGCAGUCUCAGUUGAAUGACCAGUCUUGAAACCUGACUGGUUUGGAUCAAGAAGGUAAUUCUGAGAGAGAUAGCAGGAGAGUUGGCUAGAGACGGCACGCUCAAGAGUUUUGGGGAGAAAAGAAAGAAGGGAUACUGGUCUGUAGUUGUUGACAUCGGAGGGAUCGAGUGUAGGUUUUUUGAGUAGGGGUGCAACUCUCGCUCUCUUGAAGACGGAAGGGACGUAGCCAGCGGUCAAGUAUGAGUUGCUGAGCGAGGUGAGGUAAGGGAGAAGGUCUCCGGAAAUGGUCUGGAGAAGAGAGGAGGGGAUAGGGUCAAGCGGGCAGGUUGUUGGAUGGCCGGCCGUCACAAGUCGCAAGAUUUCAUCUGGAGAGAGGGGGGAGAAAGAAGUCAAAGCAUAUGGUAGGGCAGUGUGAGCAGGACCAGCAGUGUCAUUUGACUUAAUAAAUGCGAGGGAGGGGGGAGGAGGGGGAUUCAGCAGGGAGAGAAGGUGGCAAAGAGCUUCCUAGGGUUAGAGGCAGAGGCUUGACAUUUAGAGUGGUAGAAAGUGGCUUUAGCAGCAGAAGCAGAGGAAGAAAAUGUAGAGAGGAGGGAGUGAAAAGAUGACAGGUCCGCAGGGAGUCUCCUUUUCCUCCAUUUCCGCUCGGCUGCCCGGAACCCUGUUCUGUGAGCUCGCAAUGAGUCGUCAAGCCACGGAGCAGGAGGGGAGGACCGAGCCGGCCGGGAGGAUAGGGGACAUAGAGAGUCAAAAUAUGCAGAAAGGGAGGAGAGGAGGGUUGAGGAGGCAAAAUCAGGAGAUCGGAGGGAGAAGGAUUUAGCAGAGGGAAGAGAUGAUAGGAUGGAAGAGGAGAGAGUAGCGGGAGAGAGAGUGUGACGGCACAUUACCAUCUGAGUAGGGGCAGAGUUAGUAGUGUUGGAGGAGAGCGAGAGAGAAAAGGAUACAAAGUAGUGGUCGGAGACUUGGAGGGGAGUUACAGUGAGAUUAGUAGAAGAACAGUAUCUAGUAAAGAUGAGGUCAAGUGUAUUGCCUGCCUUGUGAGUAGGGGGGGGGGGGGGGGGGGGGGGGGGGUGAGAGGGUGAGGUCAAAAGAGGAAAGGAGGAGGCGGAGAGAAAUGAGUCAAAGGCAGACGUAGGGAGGUUAAAGUCACCCAGAACUGUGAGGGGUGAGCCAUCCUCAGGAAAGGAACUUGUCAAGCUCAUUGAUGAACUCUCCAAGGGAACCUGGAGGGCGAUAAAUGACAAGGAUGUUAAGCUUGAAUGGGCUAGUGACUGUGACAGCAUGGAAUUCAAAUGAGGAGAUAGACAGAUGGGUCAGGGGGAAAAGAGAGAAUGUCAACUUGGGAGAGAUGAGGAUUCCUGUGCCACCGCCGCGCUGACCAGAUUCUCUCAGGGUAUGCGAGAACACAUGAUCAGACGAGGAAAGAGCAGUAGGAGUAGCAGUGUUUUCUCUGGUAAUCCAUGUUUCCGUCAGCGCCAAGAAGUCGAGGGACUGGAGGGUAGCAUAGGCUGAGAUGAACUCUGCCUUGUUGGCCGCAGAACGGCAGUUCCAGAGGCUGCCGGAGACCUGGAACUCCACGUGGGUCGUGCGCGCAGGGACCACCAGAUUAGUGUCAGCAACCACACGGUGUGAAGCGUUUGUAUGGCCUGUGCAGGGAGGAGAGAACAGGGAUAGACAGACACAUAGUUGACAGGCUACAGAAAAGGGCUACAAUAAUGCAAGAGAGAUGGAAUAAAAUAAACUAAACAUCUGGGAAAGCGAGAGAGUGGGGCCUCCGUCACUUACCUUCCACUGAAACACUCAAAUAUAACUCUCCCAACUUUAACUUUAGAAAUUAUAAUUGUUGUAAACUACAGCGGAUCAAUGUUUUCUAGGAAUACAUCAAAAACGGCCCAUAAGUAAGUAUUUUAAAACAGGUCAGGUGUAAGAAAAACAUUGGCAGGGCUAGCUACUCUGUUGUUUAGCUAACUAAUGGGUCACACCACUGUCUGAGAUAAAAUCAGUUAACGUGAGUUACUUUUAUAUUAUAUAUCGUGACUUUUUAAAAUGACUGUAACAACAUUGUGUCCGUUGGCUAAAAGUGACUAAAUCGGACUAGCUACAACUAACAUUGCCAGAGUACCUUGCUGGCUAGUCGGCCAAAUAUCUAUCGUUAGCUAGCUACAGUAACGUUAGCUAGCUAGCAGGACGUUACCCAACAGGCAGUAGCUACAGUACAUUUAGUUCCUUUCAUAAUUAAACGUUGGCUAGCUAGCACAAAGUCAGUCAUGCUAGCUACGCAACUGAACUACACAUCUCGAGUGUUCAGAAAGGGAAUCUUUACGUUGCAAAAUUGUGCUAGUGCACACUUCAGGAGAAGGGUGGAGAAUCGUGAUGUAGCCUUACACUUAGUGUGGAGUCCAAGUGCCUCAUGGUUUGUUUGUUAAUGAAUCGCCAGGUGACCUGACGAAGCAGCUUCCUCUGACGGUUGCGGCGGAGCACGGGGACAAGGUCAUCCAGUGUAGGUGGCACACGCACGACCUCACCUUCCUGUCCUCCUCCGCAGACAGGACAGUCAAACUCUGGGCCCAGUGUCCAUGACACUGCUGGCUGGCACUGGGAACUGUGGAAACCACCGUGGAAACUAUCUCUCCUAAAUCUGGUGUUACUGGGAACACUGGAAACCACCGUGGAAACUAUAGCUCCUGAAUCUGGUGUUACUGGGAACACUGGAAACCACCGUGGAAACUAUAGCUCCUAAAUCUGGUGUUACUGGGAACACUGGAAACCACCGUGGAAACUAUAGCUCCUAAAUCUGGUGUUACUGGGAACACUGGAAACCACCGUGGAAACUAUCUCUCCUAAAUCUGGUGUUACUGGGAACACUGGAAACCACCGUGGAAACUAUAGCUCCUAAAUCUGGUGUUACUGGGAACACUGGAAGCCACAACAAGCACAACACACAGUCCACAUCCUUGGACAUACCUGCCCCUGUACCCCUCCACAAGGCUCUUAAGAGGUGUGUGUGUGUAUGCAUGCUAUAUGUAUAGUGUAUAUGCUGUGUGUUUACACUGGAUAUCACUGCUGUGUCAUUUAUGGCAAUGCUUUUAGCCUUUCUUUAGCAUCAGAACCUCUUGCUAUCUGUAACCUUCAUUUGACUGUAAUGAUAAGGUGACACCUCUAUAGUCCUGUUGAAAAUAAUAUACUCAUCAAAUGCAUGUUAGCAUCAUAUUCUACACUUGCUUAAAGCACACACCAGUCCCUCCUGUUGUUUCCAUAUAGUCCAGUUAUUAGCUAGCUGUUUUGACGGAUGCACAAUGGCUUAUUUAGUCCAGUCAAAACACAUUAUGUGAAUCAUAUGGUGCCUUGGGUAACCGUUUUGAAUUUUGAAUGUGCGGUGUUCAUUUUCAGUUUCAAGAUGGAUGCAAGAAAGGAGGCCUUCAUAUCUAAAGCUUUAUCUUGACAUGUUCUCAUUUAACAGCUUGUAAAUGUUUUAGGUUUAAAAUAAUCCUAACAUAAAUUGCUGUUGGUAGUGCUAUGCUGCUUAUCAAACAAAGAUCUCAAACUUGGGAAUACAUGGAGUGGAGUUCUAAAAUACAUGGAGUGGAGUUCUUGAAGUAUGUGAUAAUUACUCCAUAUGUUGUUGGAGGAUUGUGUCUGGGAUUUCAUCUGUUUGUGGAUUUUUGUAAAUUAAUUUUAUAAAUAUUUAAAGGGGAUCUUUUCUGUAAUAUUAUAACAAUUGUUAAUUUAAUUGUAAUGAAUAGUAUUUGAGUUGGGCUGAAGCUUGCUUUCAUUGUAAAUGAUAGUGACUGACUGUAUAUGGUUGUUUUUGGACAGCAACUAUGACAAUGAUGAAUAAGCACUUGCCCCUCUGUGGACAGCAAUAUAUGGAGCGCUAUUAGUGCUAGAAAUUAAAUCAAUUUAAUCCCGAUACAUUUUUGGUGGCACUAAUAUCACUCCAUGGGAAUACCUGUCAGCGGAGGAUAAGUUUUAACAGCACUGUAAUGUACUUUGUCAAAUGUGAAGCCUUUGCUUAAGUUAAAAGGGUUUUUAUACACAUGCAUAGAAAUAGAUAUUAGUGGAAAUGAACUUUGUCAUGUACCACCUUAGAGUAAAGAGAUUAUCAACACUGCACAUUGGAGCACUUAGCUGUGUCAAAGGAGGCCUAUAUGUGUAUAGGGCGGCAGGUAGCUUAGUGGGUAAGAGCGUUGUGCCAGUAACCGAAAGGUCGCUGGUUCUAAUCCCAGAGCCGACUAGGUGAAAAAUCUGUCGAUGUGCCCUUGAGCAAGGCACUUAACCCUAAUUGCUCCUGUAAGUCGCUCUGGAUAAGAGCGUCUGCUAAAUGACUAAAAAAAUAAAUUAAAAAAUAAAUUAAAAAAUAUGUCAGUUUCCCUGCACAAGUAGUUCAAGGUAUGAUAUUUAGUGAUUCUGGUGAACUCAGAAGACAAAAUAAAGGUAACUACGACAUCACAUUUUCUCUCUGGCAUUGAUUGCAGUUCAGUGAGUCAGUUAGUCAAGUGACACAUACAGUGCCUUCAGGAAGUAUUCACACCCCUUGACUUUUUCCACAUUUUGUUGUGUUACAGCCUGAAUGUAAAAUGGAUUGAAUUUAUUUUUUUAUUUUAUUUUUACUGGCCUACACACAAUACCCCAUAAUGUCGAAGUGGAAUUAUGUUUUUUUGAAUUUUUUACUAAUUAAAAAUGAAAAGCUGAAAUGUCUUGAGUCAUUGAGUAUUCAACAUGUUUGUAAUGGCAAGUCUAAAUAAGUUGAGGAGUAAAAAUGUGCUAAACAAGUCACUUGUUUUUAAACCACUACCUCAUCUCUGUACCCCACACAUACAAUUAUCUAAGGUCCCUCAGUCGAACAGUGAAUUUCAACUACAAAAACCAGAGAGGUUUUCCAAUGCCUCGCAAAGAAGGGCACCUAUUGGUAACGGACAUAGAAUAUUCCUUUGAGCGUGGUGAAAUUAUUAAUUACACUUUGGAUGGUGUAUCAAUACACCCAGUCACUACAAAGAUACAGGCGUCCUUCCUAACCUAGUUGCCGGAGAGGAAGGAAACCGCUCAGGGAUUUCACAAUCAGGCCAAUGGUGACUUUAAAACAGUUACAGAAUUUAAUGGCUGUGAUAGGGCAAAACUGAGGAUGGAUCAACAACACUAUAGUUACUCCACAAUACUAACCUAAAUUACAGAGUGAAAAGAAGGAAGCCUGUACAGAAUAAAAAAUAUUCCAAAACAUGCAUCUUGUUUGCAACAAGGCACUAAAGUAAAACUGCUGAAAAAAAUUGGCAAAGAACAGAAUCAUUUCAAACCUUGAUUAGGCUACAUUGGGAUAUGAUUUGCCUCUUUAUUUAUGGAUGGGAAUAAAGCUGUAAUCGCUUCCAAAGGUGAUUCUAACAUGUAUUGACUCAGGGGGUUGAAUACUUUUCUAAUGAAGAUGCACUGUAUUAGUUUUUUUUUUUUGGUGUGUGUUUUUUACAAACGUUAGAAUUUUUCUUCCACUUUGACAUUACAGAGUAUUUUGUGUAGAUCCUUGACAAAAAAUGACAAAUCCAUUUUAAUCCCACUUUGUAACACAAUGUUUUUGGGGUUAAAAGUCAAGGGGUAUGAAUACUUUCUGAACGCACGACUAUAUUUUAGUGAUGCAAACAUUUUUUCUAUCUAAAAAAAUAUAUAAUAUAAUUGCUCUACAACAUUCGCAGAGUACGACCCUACCUUACACAGAAAGCGGCACAGGUCCUAAUCCAGGCACUUAUCAUCUCCUGUCUGGAUUACUGCAACUCGCUGUUGGCUGGGCUCCCUGCCUGUGCCAUUAAACCCCUACAAUUUAUCCAGAACGCUGCAGCCCGUCUGGUGUUCAACCUUCCCAAGUUCUCUCAUGUCACCCCGCUCCUCCACACACUCCACUGGCUUCCAGUUGAAGCUCGCAUCUACUACAAAACAUUGGUGCUUGUCGACGGAGCUGUGAGGGGAACGGCACCUCCUUACCUUCAGGCUCUGAUCAGACCCUACACCCAAACGAGAGCACUACGUUCAUCCACCUCUGGCCUGCUGGCUCCCCUACCUCUACGGAAGCACCUUCCGGAGACACUUGAAGCUCUACCUCUUUAAGGAAUAACUGGAAUAGUAUAACAGUAAUCCUUCAACUGCUGUGCGCCUGGCUGCGCGUCCCCUAAGUGGACACUUGGCCUUCCAUACAAUAUGCCAUGGUCUUUCAGCUCGAAAUAGUGGAUUUCUACUGAUGUGGCCGUUUAAGUGUACCAACCUUUACUGCGAAGAAAAGAGACAUUGCACAUUUUUGAAAACACACCAGGGGUCCCCAAUUACUUUCAGCGAUGGGUUGAUUUUUCCUUGAGCGGAUGUUCGGUGCCGGGACAUAGUUAUAAAUAAUUUGUACACCGCAAAUUGACCGCAAGAAUCUCAAACAGAUAUAGUAUAUGACAAAAACAGAAUUAUUUCAGACCUUGAUUAGACUACAUUGGGAUAUGAUAUGCCUCUUUACUUAUGCGUGGGAAUACUUGGGAAAAGAUUUCCUAAAUUAAAAUCACUUUGAGCUGAUUUCCUGGUCAUUUUACAGUAUUCUCUGUCCAACAACGAAAACUUGGUUCUAGGUAUAAUUAUUUUUCUAAGAGUGUAGCAACAAUCGACUGUGAGCAGUGAACAUGACAGUUGAUGUGUUGAUACCAUGUAUACAAGAAGAUACAACAAAAGAGGAUGGCCAGAGCUUACCCAUGAUGUUUCACAACGAUUUAAGUCAAUAAGUCAUUGUUUUAGUCAAAGUAUGACAAAUCCGAACUGCCCACUUCGUGCAAAUCCGUGUGAAUGCGUGUCUUUUUCUAUGAAAUGACAUACAUAUUCUUUCAGCCUACAUUUAGUUUCAGGGCUUUUAUUUGAACGUUACCACCCACCAGCAUGGCAUUGUAUAUUUGUUUAUUAAUCAGAAACAGCUGCAAAGUUAUUCCUCUUUGCUACUGAGAUGAACCAAAGAGCCUUGUGUCCACUUGGCCACCUGAGCCAUGGAGCAAAUACAAAUAGGUUAUUUAUGUUAAUCUUUACCAGAAAAUUAUCAGAAUCCAUUGGAUAAUUUUUACAUUAUAAAUUAUUUUUGAGCUAGUCUGUAUUAAAAAAUAUAUACAGCCAUUUUAUAAAUGGUAUACAGUGCCUUCAGAAAGUAUUCAUACCCCUCGACUUAUUCCACAUUUUGUGUUACAGACAGUGGCGAUUUUUACAUGUAAAUCUUGGUGGGGCAAACUCCCCCCCCCCCCUCAAAAAUGUUUUAUGCAUGCCAGCAAAGCCACUAUACAACACAAUACUAAAUAAUACAUUAAUUGCAAUAUAUCAGUGACAAACGGUGCCCACAAGCUGUUAGGGCCUACAUAAAGCUGUCCCAACAGAAGUCCCAACACCUUAUGACAAGAACAGCUCAAAUGAGCGAAGAGAAACGACAGUCCAUCAUUACUUUAAGACAUGAAGGUCAGUCAAUCAUGAACAUUUCAAGAACUUUGAAAGUUUCUUCAAGUGCAGUCGCAAAAACCAUCAAGCUCUAUGAUGAAACUGGCUCUCAUGAGGACCGCCACAGGAAUGGAAGACCCAGAGUUACCUCUGCUGCAGAGGAUAAGUUCAUUAGAGUUACCAACCUCAGAUAUUGCAGCCCAAAUUAAAUGCUUCACAGAAUUCAAGUAACAGACACAUCUCAACAUCAACUGUUCAGAGGAGACUGUGUGAAUCAGGCCUUCAUGGUCGAAUUGCUGCAAAGAAACCACUACUAUAGGACACCAAUAAUAAGAAGACACUUGCUUGGGCCAAGAAACACGAGCAAUGGGCAUUAGACCAGUGGAAAUGUGUCCUUUGGUCUUGAGUCCAAAUUUGAGAUUUUUGGUUCCAACCGCUGUGUCUUUGUGAGACGCGGUGUGGGUGAACGGAUAAUUUCCGCAUGUGUAUUUCCCACCGUGAAGCACGGAGGAGGAGGUGUUAUGGUGUAGGGGGUGCAUUUCUGGUGACACUGUCUGUGGUUUAUUUAGAGUUUAAGGCACACUUAACCAGCAUGGCUACCACAGCAUUCUGCAGCGAUACGCCAUCCCAUCUCGUUUGGGCUUAGUGGGACUAUCAUUUGUUUUUCAACAGGACAAUGACCCAACACACCUCUAGGCUGUGUAAGGGCUAUUUUACCAAGAAGGAGAGUGAUGGAGUGCUGCAUCAGAUGACCUGGCCUCCACAAUCCCUCGACCUUGACCAAAUUGCGAUGGUUUGGGAUGAGUCGGAACGCAGAGUGAAGGAAAAGCAGCCAACAAGUGCUCAGCAUAUGUGGGAACUCCUUCAAGACUGUUGGAAAAGCAUUCCAGGUGAAGCUGGUUGAGAGAAUGCCAAGAGUGUUCAAAGCUGUCAUCAAUGCAAAGAGUGCCUAUUUGAAGAAUCUCAAAUAUAAAAUAUAUUUUGAUAUGUUUAACAAUUUUCUGGUUACUACAUGAUUCCAUAUGUGUUAUUUCAUAGUUUUGAUGUUUUCACUAUUAUUCUAAAAUGUAGAAAAUAGUAAAAAAUAAAGAAAAAGACUUGAAUGAGUAGGUGUUCUAAAACUUUUGACCGGUAGUGUACAUAAUGGGGAAUGUGCUAGUGCACACUUCAGGAGAAGGGUGGAGAAUCGUGAUGUAGCCUUACACUUAGUGUGGAGUCCACGUGCCUCAUGGUUUGUUUGUUAAUGAAUCGCAAGGCUUCCUUUGACGGUGGCGGCUUCCUCUGACGGUGGCAGCAGAGCACGGGGACAAGGUCAUCCAGUGUAGGUGGCACACGCACGACCUCUCCUUCCUGUCCUCCUCCGCAGACAGGACAGUGAAACUCUGGGCCCAGUGUCCAUGA